AUGAUUGAGGAUUACAUACACCAUUCAAUGCCAGUUGUACUUGCUGAACAGACUGCUCUUCGUCAAAUUGAAUCUAUAAUUAAUCAGAGUGGUAAAACUUUAACUGAUUAUAAUUUGCCUAUAUUAGAUCAGUUAUUAGAUAAUGUCCUAGAAAAUGAUGAUGGAGAUAUUAAGGUAUUUAUUGAUGAAGCAAAUCGAGUUAGACCAUUAUUAAACGAUAACCAGCGUAAUGUAGCUGAUGCAAUCCUUGCUGCACUUAGUGAAGAACCUAAUAAUGAAAAUAAGCAUUCAAGAUUUUUCUUUAUGGAUGGGCCUGCCGGUUGUGGUAAAACAUUUACUUACAAUUAUUUAAUUGCUGAAACACGCAGCAGGCAUAUUAGAACUGCAACAGCUGCAUGGACAGGAAUAGCUGCAACUCUUCUUAAGAAUGGAUGCACAUUGCACGGCUUAUUCAAACUUCCUGUUCCAAUUUUGGAAACUAGCACAUGUAAUGUAACUCCAAACUCCAUUCAUGGUAGAUUCCUGAGACAAGUUAGUUUAUAUUUACUCGAUGAAGCAUCUAUGAUACCCAAACAUGCUUUGAGUGCCAUUGAUAAGUUAUUACAAGAUAUUUGUAAUAAAAAGUUUCCUUUUGGUGGUAAAGUUAUUCUUAUGGGUGGAGAUUUUCGACAAAUACUUCCAGUUGUGAAGAGAGGUCGACCAGCAGAUGUUGUAGAAUCAUGUAUAAAGUGUUCUGAACAUUGGCAAUAUGUGCAAAGGUUUUCAUUAACUGAAAAUAUGAGGGUUCAGAUAGGAGAAGAGGAAUUUUCUCAAUGGCUUUUAAAGCUUGGAAGUGGAACAUUACCUGUCAAGCCUGAAGAUCCUUUGCAAGGGUGUAUUGAAAUACCUGAGCAGUGUUUUCUCAAUGAUAAUGAAUCUAUUGUGGAAAAGAUUUUUGGUGGUGCGGAAGAAGCUGAUUAUGCAAAACGUGCUAUUUUAACACCAACAAAUGUUGAUUCAUUGGCAAUAAAUGAAGAAGUCCUUCAUCGAUUACCGGGUGAUGUUAAAACUUAUUUAAGUUCAGAUAGCAUUGAAACUGAUGAUCAUAAUGAAAUUUAUAAGUUUCCAGUUGAGUUUUUAAAUACUUUGACUCCAUCAGGUAUGCCUGUUCAUUGCCUAAAGUUGAAAAUUGGUGCUGUUAUAAUGCUACUUAGAAAUUUAGAUCUCAAAGGUGGACUUUGUAAUGGAACACGUUUGAUGGUGCGUGCACUACACAACAAUUACAUUGAUGGUGAGGUUCUAACAGGUGUAUCAGCUGGUAUCAGGGUAUUUGUUCCUCGAGUUCAAUUAGCUCCAUCAGAUUCAAAUUUACCUUUUACACUUAAACGUCGUCAAUUUCCAGUUAGGUUAGCAUACUCAAUGACCAUAAAUAAAAGUCAAGGUCAAACAUUUGAUAAAGUUGGUGUUUAUCUCAAAAAGCCUUGCUUUUCACACGGCCAAUUAUAUGUUGCAUGUAGAUAUCCUGUUAUAACUGGUUUAAAAAUUGUUAAUCGUUAA